AUGGACAUCCGCAGCGCAUCGCUUGGUGGUGACUCUAACGGCCGGCUUACUGUCCCUCCCAGGCGAGCCGCGAUGGCUGGGAGGCGGAUAAGCAGUUUACAGCCCUUCCCGCCGUUGUUCUUUGAACUUCGGCUCCUGGCUGCUACUAGUUCGACCUUGUCAGCAACCUCCUCAAUUGGUCGGCUUUUCUCAGGUCGCUCCGCGCGAUUUGACCACCUCGGCUUCAGACGUGAAUGA